CUCUAUGAAUGGUUGUCUAUUAACUUGUUCAAAAAGUAUCAGGAGUUGACAAGGGCUCUGGCGAGGAGGGAGACCGAGUUUGUGUUCAUUCUUCAAGACUAAGAAAAGAAGUUUGUGGGCACAACAGGACCUAAGAGCGCUCACUUCCACAGCAGCAAAGUUACCAGAAGUGGUAAGGUAACUUCAGCAACCUCCAAUUUGGACUUGUUUUUUGUUUACCACUGGUGAGGGAGACUUUAGAAAACCGGUUUAAAUGUACAACAUGAUGGAAACCGAGCUGAAGCCCCCGGCCCCUCAGCCCAACACGGGGGGUACGGGGAACACCAACUCUUCGGGUAACAACCAGAAAAACAGCCCGGACCGGGUCAAGAGACCCAUGAACGCCUUCAUGGUGUGGUCGAGGGGCCAGCGGAGGAAAAUGGCGCAGGAGAACCCCAAAAUGCACAAUUCGGAAAUAAGCAAGCGACUGGGGGCCGAGUGGAAACUUCUGUCUGAGAGCGAGAAGCGGCCGUUCAUCGACGAAGCCAAGCGCCUUCGGGCUCUGCACAUGAAGGAACACCCGGAUUACAAAUACAGACCCCGGAGGAAAACCAAGACCCUCAUGAAGAAGGACAAAUACACCCUGCCAGGUGGGCUCCUGGCGCCGGGUGGGAAUGCCAUGGGCGCAGGUGUCGGUGUAGGGGCCGGUUUGGGCGCCGGGGUCAACCAGAGGAUGGACAGUUAUGCCCACAUGAACGGCUGGACCAACGGAGGCUACGGCAUGAUGCAGGAGCAGCUGGGCUACCCGCAGCACCCGGGGCUGAACGCGCACAACGCGGCGCAGAUGCAGCCCAUGCACCGCUACGACAUGAGCGCGCUCCAGUACAACUCCAUGACCAACUCGCAGACGUACAUGAACGGAUCGCCCACCUACAGCAUGUCCUACUCGCAGCAGGGCACACCUGGAAUGCCGCUGGGCUCCAUGGGCUCGGUGAAGUCCGAGUCCAGUUCGAGUCCUCCAGUGGUCACGUCCUCCUCUCACUCUCGGGCCGGACAGUGUCAAACGGGUGACCUGCGGGACAUGAUCAGUAUGUACCUGCCCGGGGCGGAGGUCCAGGAACAGAGCGCCCAGAGCAGACUGCACAUGUCCCAACAUUACCAGAGCGCACCUGUGCCGGGUACAACGAUUAACGGCACGAUUCCAUUAUCGCAUAUGUAAAUGAACGUUUCUAUACCGCUGGACUCCUUAUCGGACUAUUUUUGUACAGUACACUUUGGGAAGGGAAAAGUUGUAUAGAACUCAAGGAAAGAACACAAAACGUUUGCUUUCUAUUUAAAGAGGAACGUGGAAACGAAGACUGAGAGACACCAGCGUUUAAGUUUCUUGCCUGUAAAUCUCUGCUCUGCUGGGGAGAUAAAACGGCCCAUAUGAAACGAAGACGUCAAGCAUGGCGGUGAUAAUUGGAUUGUGUGGACACCUGUAUGAGUGCAGUAUAUCCAGGGGAUUAGAGGACUGGAUGGGUCUUACAGCUUCUGUCCAAACCUGUGGGUCCAGUUUUAUCCAGGACAUGUCCCUUGAUUGCCUCAGCUAAAUUCUUCUGCUUUUGUCAUCUACUGGAGGGCCGGACCUGCGUGCUGGUGACCGCAAUGUCAGCAAACGAGCUGCAUCAACCUCCCAGUGAACGCAAGACUUGGAUCUGUGCUGAAAUGAUUGUGUAUAUAAAAAAUAUAUCUUUUUGCCACUAUGUCGUGUGUGACUCCUUUCAUUAAAAAUAAUUCAAAUUCAUGUUUUGUAAUAUAAAAUAUUAUAAUACAAGAUAACUGCUUUCAAAAAAACAAUCUUUACUAAUCUCUCUUUGAUGCAUAAACUCUUGUUCUUUGUUUGAUACAUCAAUAAAUAGAACAUUUCGAAAUGUUUGUAGAUUGCUUGUUUUGUUAUAAGAGAUUCAAUGCACUUAAUAUGUUUUCAAAAAUAAAAGAGAA